GUGGCCGGCCGGCAUUUUAUAUUACGCACUUACUUACUUUGUAAACGUUGAUCGCUCCACAAGCUGUGAUUUCUUCCUUUGGAAUUUGAAUAAUUAUUGCUGGAUUUAAGAUGGCAGAGUUACCGAAUGGGAAGAGGUCGAAAUGGACUGUGCGUGCAUCAGACAUGGCCAACAGGACACACAACCCAAUCCGAGCCAUUGUAGAUGGCUUGAAGCUGGAACCCAACCCAGAUAAAGACUUCAUUGCCCUGUCACUGGGGGAUCCCACCCUAUUUGGUAACUUAUCCAUUUGUGAGGAAAUGCGUGAAACUGUAUGUGAUGUCGUCAAUGGUAUGAAGAGCAAUGGAUAUGGGCCCGCCUUAGGGCUGGAAUUUGCAAGAGCUGCUGUUGCCAAACAGUUUUCUAUCCCGGAGUCGCCACUCACGUCAAAGGAUGUUGUGUUGGGCUGUGGAUGUUCAGGUGCAAUCGAGAUGGCGUUAUUGGUGCUCGCCAACCCUGGAGAUAAUGUCCUGGUCCCAUGGCCUGGGUUCUCAAUCUAUCGUACUCUGGCUGGAUCCUACCAGUUUGAAGCCAGAGGUUAUAAGCUGCUGCCAGAGAAGUCGUGGGAGGCAGAUCUUGAACACAUGGAAUCCCUGAUUGAUGAGAAGACGGCUUGCAUCGUCGUCAACAGUCCCUCCAACCCAUGCGGAGGCGUCUUCACCAAAGAACAUCUCCAAGACAUCUGUGCAAUUGCGGAGAGAUAUCAUUUGCCCAUCCUUUCUGAUGAGGUCUAUGCUGGUAUGGUUUUCCCCGGCCACACUUUCCAUUCCGUCGCGUCCAUAGCCAAGAAUGUCCCAGUACUGACAUGUGGUGGGCUCGCCAAAAGGUACCUUGUUCCAGGCUGGCGGCUAGGCUGGAUUCUGAUCCACGAUCCCAUGGAUGCAUUCAAGGAAGAGGUUCGACAGGGCCUGAUGAACCUGGCAACCCGUAUCCUCGGUCCCUGCACACUCGUCCAGGCGGCAAUACCCAAGAUCUUCACAGACACUCCCAGUGAGUUCUACACCAAAAGCAUGGACGUGUUUCAGGCCAAUGCAGAGUUGAUUUAUGAUGCUCUGUCACACAUCCCCGGUUUGUUUCCGGUCAUGCCAUGCGGAGCCAUGUAUUUUAUGUUUGGCAUAGACAUGGACAAGUUUGUAGGCUUCAACGAUGACAUGGAGUUUGUGACCAAGCUGGUAGAAGAAGAGUCAGUGUUCUGUCUCCCUGGAAAGUGUUUUGAGUACCCCAACUUUGUGCGGAUUGUCACAUCUCUGCCCAAGGAAAAGACCGUGGCUGCCGUUGAACGGAUCAAAGAUUUUUGCGCAAGACACUAUUGUGGCAGCGCUGACAUGGCUGAAGGAAAUGGAAUAAAGUAGGCCAACGGAACAAAAUGUACAUGAACGAUGAAAUAUAUUAUAAUGUAAUUUCCCUGUGUUGCUGUGUUUGACAAAGAUUUGCAAUGCAAUGCAAUGCAUGUACAUACAUGUCUAUAUAUACAUCAUCUUUCCCGAUUUCCGUACAAAACAUAUACAUGCAGGAUUCAUGAUUUUGCGAAAUGUACGUGGGCCGUUGUCAAAACUGACAUGUUGUGUUUGAGAUGCAGUGUCACCCGGAAAAUGGGUUCCGUUUUUAAAUUCACCGUUUUUUUAGCAAUAAAAAAGUUACUUUCUUUCAAAUGAGACAUCAAACAAAGACAUAUUUGCUUUUGGAAUAAGUACAACUGUUCAAUAAUUAAGUUCUUGAAGGGUGGACUGGUUCCCGCCCCCAUCACAAUUGAUAAUGUAGGGACUGGGAACCAGUCUACUUGCAGAGCGGACCUGUGUACAAAAUCACUCCCCCCAAAAAACAAACAAAAAAACCCCACCUUUUCAGACGUUUGGGGCACCCAAACUAGCAAAACAAUUGUUAACAUAAAAUAUACAAGUAAAAGUUUGUUAGGAGAAAAAAAAGUGCAUCUUAACUUGAGACAGUUGGGGUUUUUUGGCAUGAGGGUUGAGAAAAUUUUGCCACUGGAAAUACCCAUCGCCAGCAUAAUGUUACAAGCAGUGCAUGGGCGUUGCUUACCAAGAGUUUAGGAGAAAACCCUUCACAAGCUACUCAGGUGGGACGUGAACCCUCAUGCAUGCUAGUGAUGACAUUGUAACAGUUCAACUAUUGUCAGGUAGAGCAAUGAAGAGUACUGCAGUUGAUGAGUUCAUUAUAUUUUGUGCAUCAGGGUCGUGUAAUUUUUGUUGUGAACAGCAAAGCCAAAAUAUGGAAGUUUUAAUAAGAUCUUUACCAUUCCCUUAAGGGAGCUUGUACAAAUAUAACUACGUUACCACAUUAUAUUUAUUCAGACAACAUUUUGAAUGGAUCAAAGCAGCAUGUGUUUUUCUUUAAGUUGGGGCAACGUUUUUUUUGGCCUAUCUUUUAUUUAACUGAGGGAAAGGUUUAAGUUUUCAUUGAAGUGUUUCAACUCGUAGCUUUUGAGUUUUUUUGGUUUAUCAUCAUUUUACAGCAUUUUAAGUUAUUUUUAAAUUUCCUAUAAUCUGGGAACUUGCAGUGCAAAUUAUUUUAAGUGGAUUUUGUUUGUUUACAAUAAGUUAACGAUAGUUUUUACCUUAUUAUUAAAAAGUCUUGAGACUUUGCGGUGAAAUAUGUGUUAUAAGUUACCAAAAGAUGUUUAUUUUGUGGUUCAUUUUUCUGAAAACUUAAUUACUGAAAACUGGUGUGCUUCAGAACGAAUACUCAGAGCGUGCAUAUUUUUGUGUGUGCAAAAGAAAUUAUUACGUUUAAUAUUUUCGCUAUGCUGCUUGUCCUAGAUGAAAUGGUAGUUAUAUUUUAUUAUUUUACAGAAAUUGUGUGUAUAUUGUUCUGAAAUCUAAUACUUAUACUGUCUCAAAGUAGAGAUAUCUAAAUUAUAUUUCAACUCUUAUGUUUUCACUUUCAUUGUCAGCAUAAUUAAAAUGUCCUUGCAUGGGUAUGUUUUUCUUGAUAUUGGUGGGUUU